UAGGCCAAUGGGAGAGAGCGGGCGGGGCCGGGCUUGGAUACAUUGACCGGAUGGCAGGUCGGUGGGAGCGGGCGGCCAAUGAGGCGGCGCCUGGCCGCUCUGUAUCCAUUUCAGGGGGAAGCACAUGGGAAGCGGCAGCGGCAGCGACGGCGGCUCCUGUAAGUGUCAGAGCCGCGGAGAGAGUGACAACAGCGGCCGGACAGUACCGUGUCCCAUCCAGCCAGUCAAGCAUUGCUCCCGGCCGUUCUCCAUCCAUUUCCUUCUCUCCCUGUCUCCUGGAUCUGUGAGCUCCACACACUGACAUCUCUCCGCGAUCCUUUUCAUUAGCGUUCUUGUUGUUGUGGCUUUGGCAAGGGAGGAUAGAGAGAGACGCACAGAGGACAUGGAAGAAGCAGUGGCGGCACCUCGUGUGGACAUCGACCCAGAUUUCGAGCCGCACAGCCGGCCCCGAUCGUGUACCUGGCCGCUCCCUCGGCCCGAGUUCCCCGGAGCCGAAGCCAAAGCGGAGGAGAGCGGCGUGAAUCAGGAGCCGGCCGCCGCGGGCGAGCAGGGCAACGGGGGCAAGGGAGAAGCGAAGGCUACCCCCGGCAUUCCUUCUCCCCUCCGGCUGAGUGAGUGCGGGCAACACCGCAAGAAAUCUUCGCGCAGAAACGCAUGGGGCAACCUGUCAUACGCGGAUCUGAUCACCAAAGCGAUCGAGAGCUCGCCUGAGAAGAGGCUGACACUGUCACAGAUUUAUGACUGGAUGGUUCGCCACGUCCCUUACUUCAAAGAUAAAGGCGACAGCAAUAGCUCCGCGGGCUGGAAGAACUCGAUCCGUCAUAACCUCUCGCUCCACAGCAGAUUUAUCCGAGUGCAGAAUGAAGGCACAGGCAAGAGCUCCUGGUGGAUGCUAAAUCCCGAUGGAGGGAAAUCUGGGAAAUCUCCCCGGAGACGUGCCGUUUCCAUGGAUGGCAACAGUAAGUACCUGAAAAGCAAGAGAGGGGCAAACAAGAACAAAGCCACUCUGCAGGCGACACAGGAGCGGAACGAGGGCAGCCCUUCAUCACAACACACCAAGUGGUCAGGCAGCCCCAGCUCUCAUACCAGCGAUGAAUUUGACGCAUGGACUGACUUCAGGUCACGGGCCAACUCAGCUGCAAGCACCCUGAGUGGUCGGCUCUCCCCCAUAAUGGCUAAUUCGGAACUGGAUGAGCUUGAAGAUGAUGACAGGACUCCGUCUUCUCCACUACUCUACCCCAGUCCAUCGAACGCCUUGUCCCCGUCUGUAAAUGCAAGGCGCCCUGUGGAACUUCCCCGCUUGGCUGACAUGGCUGGAACAAUUAACUUGAACGAAGGGAUCACAGAGAACCUGCUGGAAGAGCUGCAGGAUAAUUAUAACAUGAGCCCAUCGCCGCAGAUUCCUUCAGGAUGCCUGAGGCAAAGAAGCUCCAGCUUCUCAUUUGGAUCUAAAUGCUCAACCAGGGGAAGUCAGACAAGUACAUACAGUGUCACCAUGUACAGCCCAGCCCCCAUGACUAUGUUACGCCACUCUCCCAUGCAGACUAUUCAGGAAAACAAGCAAGUCACUUUUUCAACAAUCAACCACUAUGGGAAUCGCAUGUUGCAAGAUCUUUUGACACCAGAGUCACUACGACAUAAAGAGGUCUUGAUGACUCAGUCAGACCCUCUCAUGCCACAGGCCAAUACAGUCGUGACAUCGCAAAACCAGAGACACAUGGUGCUGACUUCUGACCCAGCAUUAUCACCUUUCAAUGCUCAGUCCCCCAGAUUACUGAACAGCAAUCCAUUUCAUCACCCAUCACCAGUGCAGCAAAAUUCUGCUGUCAAUAACGGUGCCUUAUCCGCUCCCAUUGGCCUUAUGCACAUGCACUCAGAUGCUGGUAAUAUGAACUCUGUCACCCACCAUCUCCAAAACCAGCUUCACUCACUCGCCAGUCACGGGAUGCAAAUGGAAGCUUCGGACUCAAGGCUGACCUCCUGUUCGGGAGGGAUUAACAUUUCCGCCAUGAGUCAAGAUAAGUUCCCCACUGACCUUGACCUUGACAUGUUUCAUGGCAGCCUGGAGUGUGAUGUGGAGUCUAUCAUUCUUAAUGAGUUCAUGGAUAGCGAGGAGCUUGAUUUCAAUUUUGACUGUGCCAUGCCAACUCAGAAUGUUGGCAUCAAUAUGGCUACCCUACCCACUGUUCCGCAGACCACAAAUCAGAGUUGGGUGCCAGGGUGAAGUAGGAUUACAAUGUUCACUCUCAUGGAUGAAAAUCGUUUCCAUAAAGGCUCAAAGACCAGACCAAAUUAAUAUUUGGCUUCUUAGGAAGCAUAUACUUGAAAACCGAAAACAUUGUUUUGUUUCCUUUGCCUGUGAUAUACUUAGAAGUACAAUCAAGCGAGGCAAUAACAUAUUCUUUGUUAAAAUAGCUGUCAUGCCAACUAAAGUGACAUCAUUUUUAGUUUUGGAAAUUAGGCUGCAAAUCCUGCAUGAAAUGAUGUCUUGGCACAAUUGACUCAUUUAAUCAGUUUGUGCAAUACAAGGUAAAAGGAACUUAACAAAAUGGUUCUGAAAUUAAAGCCUUAAUCUAAUUUCUCUGUUCAGUGAAAUAGUUUUAAAGAGGUUGCUUUUUCCUAAUUGUGAUUUGAGUAUAGUCUCCCAGAACAUAAUCCUCGAUAUUUUUAAGUGAGACUUAGUUUGUCUGAUAAAGGGGAGUUCUUAUUUCUGUGCGCCAUGAAACUAAACCCAUUGUUUAUAAAAGAUUGGUGCCUCCAUUAUAGAAUGCACAGAGAGGAACUCAUGCCUAUCAGUGACUGAACUUCCACUAAUGUAGGCUGGUAUCCUACUGACUGUUCCAAUUCUCUUGAAUAUCUAACACAAGAAUAUGAUAAUUAAGCAUUGGCUUUGGACAGAGAUUGCAGGGAGCAGUGUGGCCACCUGAAAGUUGUGAUACAGGGUUAUGACAGGUAGCAUACACCUUCAAUAAAGAUAAAACCCCCAUUUUAUUUAUUCUCACACCGACAUCCAUAGCAGUCUCCCUUGAAACCAGAUGUUAAUUUGGUCCGGGCCAGAAUAGUUUCUUGCUCAGUCUUGGGCUUGCAUUAAAAUCACCAAAGCUUUUUUCUUUAAUGAGCUUAUUUAUAAUAACUGAAGGCAUUUUAAUACACACUUUUAUUUCUGAGGACAAGAUGAAGAGUAGGUGAAACACUUUAAAUGAAAGGAUUUUUACCGAGAAGUUUUUUUCCUUAAACUCUAGACUGCUAAAUGGCUGUGCUUUCAGAAUGCAAAACUCCUGUCUUUUGAAAGACUUUGAUCAAAACAGUUCUUCUAAUUCUGUGGCCCACAUCUGCUGUUCAACUGCCCUCAAAUAUUACAUAACAAUGUAAUUUCUUUUUUUUCUUUUAUAGCCUGAGAGUCGUAUUGUUACCGCUUUGGCAUUUAUCAUUAUUGUAUGCUAUGUUGGUCAAAAAAUGUAUUUAUUUUAGAUUGAGGGAAAUGACUAGUUGGUAAUGUAGGUGUUCUGAGCUAAUACCAUGGCCUGAAAUUUUAAUUUAUAUAGUGAUUGGGGCAUUACUUUGUGAGAAUUUCUCUUGGGAUUUUGAUUCUGGUGAGUGUGUUUUAUCACAGAGAAUGGUGAAAUCAGGAGAUACUUACUUUCUUUACCAUCAUUUAUGUGGAGUCAAUUUUCUGCAUACCUGAAACUUUCUCUGGAAAGUGCCAUAAGUGAUAGUUAAAUAAGUUACAUCUGUAUAUUAACUUCUUUUAUGUAAAGUAUAUGGAUAAUUAAAAACUGAAAAGUCCAUUCUUAAAUGUACAUACAGAUACUGUACUGUAAUUUCACUAUGUAUACUUUGAAUGUUGAUGUGAUUAAGAAUAUAAUUUCUCUUUAUUUUUCAAAUAUAAAAUAAUAUUGUAUGAUAAAGGAAGCCCCAGUCAGCAAGUUUCUUUUCUGUUUUCUUCAAAAUUCUGUCAAGUGACUGAACAAAAUCCAGGUGUAACGGCAGUUGUGCAAUUUUUUUAACUAAUGAAAUAUUUCCGAUCAGAAUGUUUAAAAACAGAUUCGGGUCAAAAUGCUCACAUUUCCUUAUUACUGCUGAAAUGGGUACUCACUCUCCAUUGUGCAGGUGGUGGGGCUGGGAGAAAGGCAGAGUCAGCCCUGGUAAGGUGCAUGCCUUGUCAGGUUUGUCCAAUGGUAGACUGCCAGCCCAACAGCUUUCCUCUCUACCACUCCCUAUAUUUUUUUAAUCAACAAAUGACCAUUCUAGGAAUGUGGACAAAGCGCUCAACCUUUUUCUAAAAAUGUAAUACCCCACUGAUUGUCCUCCAUAGUUUGUCCUGGAGAUCAGUCUUCAACUCGAGGAGAAUUUGGCAGACUUUGCAAUUAUAUAUACAUCAUAGACAGAGGUCAUAUGCCACCGUGUCAGAAUACGCUCAAGCACACAGUAGACAUAUGCAUUAUUCUGUGCACACAAAUGUAUUCAAGCUUACAAGGGCACAGAUACACACAGGAUAGCUACUGAACUCAAAGUGUGUACUAAAAUCUGCCUUUACUUUUGACAUUUAGCUAAUGUUGGCAGACAUUUGUAAGUUCACCACAGAAGGGACGAACAGGUAAAUAUCUAUUUCUCUUAUGUUUAGCAGAGUUAAUGUUGUAAGAUUUUUUUAAAAAAUGCCUUCGCUUUUCCCUACUUGAAGAUUGUCGAAAGCAGUAGCAACAACAAAAGGAAAGUUUCAUCGAAGAAGGUCAGGAGCAUUUUACACAGAUAAAAAAACUGGUCAGCGUAGAACUUUUAGGACUUUCUUAUUUCUCUUAGGAAAAAUAAAGGGAAUGUAACUCGAUCCGUGCAAUAUGGAAUGUGUUCUCUGCCUGGACCAAACUCCUUCCUACUGCCCAUUCCCAAACCCUGCCCAGGUCAAAAUAAAUGAACACUUUUACAUCUUCACAAGUAAAGAAAAUAUCAAAAUGAGCUCAAAAAAAUAUUUUGACACACAGUCCAAGAGAAGCCUUGACAUUGUGCUGUGGAAGAAUUAUUGAGUGAAUGCUGAAUGGAUUUGAAAUUUGUUUAUUUAUUUUAUCAGAGAACCACAGCUCGUUUUCAUUAGACAAGACCUCAGUUACAGUAGUAGACCAAACUCAAUUCACUUUGAAGAAUUAAGUGUUCAUCUGCUUAAUCUUCACAUAGUACACUUUCAAAGUAUGGAGCUCUUGUGGCACAGCUGUAGUGUCCCUUCCCCUCAGUCAGGAGGUUUGGCCUCAAGACCCACCUGCUCCAGAGAUAUAUCAUUGGAUAUCCAAACGGGUUGAUUCAAAUCAUCUGUGAUUUCAAGGGUAAGGUCGGAUCCUGAUUGCUGGGUGCGGAAUUGUACCAGGAGGCAUCAGCUUCAAAUAAAUGCCACCACAUGUCCACAUUGGCUAAAUGGAGACAGCUGUGCAAGUUAGCAUCACAGGGACCAAUGGUUGCUGUCUUACACCAUUGCAAGGCAAUUUGAGCCAAUUCACCUUACAAAUCCUGUCUUGAGAAAGUCAUUAAAAUGCCAUUGGUGUCACCUGGACAUUGCAGUUCCUAAUCAGUCCGUAUUAGCGAGUGUUCUGUCUGAACCUGGUGGAUAACUCAGUUGCCUUAAUAAAAGAGCUCAGUUAAGAGUCAGCAGGAUCAAGAUAGCAAAUAUCUGUCCAGUCAUUCUGUCUGUACUCUCACCUAUUGCCACCAAGCAGGACAGGCUCAGAUUUCCCCUGUAGAAUCUAAUGAAAUGUAAUAAAACAACUGGUGUCAACAAUAGGGAUACCACAUAAUUAAAAUUACUUGGACUGACGCACAAGGUACAAACCCACAGUGUUGUCAGUGCUGUUACUGAGGGAAGGCUGUCUGUCAAAUAAGAGAUUGAGCUGACACACCAUCUGCCUUUCCCUGGUCACCCAGGAGAAUGUCAAAGGUCCCAUGGUAGUAUUUGAAGAAUAGCAGGGUACUCUUACCACUAUGCCUUCCUAAAUCGAUACCAUCAUAAGCUGAUUCAUCUGCUGUUUGUGGGUCCUUGCUGUGCACAUAUAUGAUGCCAUUUUUGCCUCUAUAGUUGUGACUUAACUUCAUUGAUAGUUAACUACUUAGGAAUAUUCUGAGGAUGUAAUAAAGUGCUAUUUAAAUGCAAGUUUUAUUUUGUUUCAUAUCUAUACCAUCUGCUCAGACGGUGAUGCGUAUAUCCCACAACAGAUAGCAUAGGGAUGACCCAGCAUUGUUGUUAUUUUUUUCUCUACUGAAAUUGACAUUUCCAUAUCAGUGAAGUAUCAGACGUGAUUUACUGAGUUACUCAAUCCAAUAUGAUGAUUACCAACGUAUUUUUUGUGCUCCUUAACCAUUAGCAGACUGCUGUCAGACUGUUCAGGGCUUAGAACAUUAAUAACCUGGAUUGCCAGAUAGGAUCUCUAUUCUGUUUAUCACGACUAAACCAUCACGGUUGCUGCAGCAGCUUAGCCUUGAUUUACAAACGCAGAUGUCCCCUCAGCAUGUUACUACAUUGCUUCUUGUGCAUAACAGUCAGGCUGUUCCGAAAUAAACCUGCUUAAAAAUGCCAAAAAAACAGUCCAAAAUGGCUUUAACACCAGCACCUCCACAUCAAUAAACAUCCAAUCAUUUGAAAGUACCAUACAUUCUUUCAGUUUUAAUCAGAAGAUGGUGAUGAAUUCUGGAGCCUUAGUGCACAGGGUUAAAACAGGGCAAUCUUGUGCGUUAAAGUGGACACUGGAUAUAUCAAACUGAAGUUUGUUGCUGACAUGAAAUGAUGAUGAAUUACUUUAUUUGUCAAUGAAAUGUUUGAGUGUACAUUUAGUUACUUUCCAAAAUCUGCUGAUUUCACAAAGACAUUCAAGAUCUUUGGCAUGUUCCUAAUAAAACUACAGUUUUUAUUGUGAAAAUUGUCUGGUAAGAACCUUGCUGUUUCACAGUUCAAUCAAAUAGACAGAUGUAGUUUAAUUAACUGCGGUAAAAUUAUUAAGCAACUAAAUUAAAGCCCAUAGCCUUUUUUGUUUAAUUUAAUUGGAUUUUCUAUAAGAAUCGACAAAAAUUAUUUCUAGAAAAAUUAUCAAUUUUUAAGAUAGCGAUUUACUUUCAAGACUCAAAAUUAUACAAACAAAUCAAACAACGUUACAUGAAGGAAAGAUGAGUGUUACUCACAGUAUGACAAUGGCAAGCUCUCUGUCCUCAAUUGUUAUUGAUGUUCUUCAUCUCCACCUUUUCUGUUGGUAUUGUCUUCUUGCCGGUGGUAAGGUCACGUGGAUUGUAAGUAUCUUCCAGAUUCCUCCCUCCCCCAUCCAUCUUACAUUACGUGUCUGUGAUACAUCUGGCUUGUUAAAUGGAUGAACACCAAAGCCAAUGUUAAGGCAUGCUUUCCAGGAGGACAGUGAGCGAGAGUGACGAUCCCAUCCAAACAUUACUCACAGUAAGUGAGCCCCUGUUAUCACUCAGCUGAUGUCAUUGAGUCAAAAAAAAAAGGUGUUUUCAGGCCUACAUGGCUCAGGUUAUCAAGAGAAUACAUUUGUACCAUCCAGAGUCCCAUGUAGACUUUGGUCACUGAAUAUGAUUCUAUCCCUUCACUGAAUUGUUAAAAAAAAAUGAAACGUCACUGUGUUGUAAUGGCCCAACAUUAAUGUCCAGUUUGCUGAAAACAUUCUGAUUCAGUUUUGUGCUACUUUUCAAAAUCUGCAUUUCCUUGAGGUAGGAGUAAAUCCCACUAUUUGCUGUGCAAACAGCUCGUUCAUUAACAUUGUCUCCUUUCCUGUUUCUGCUGGCAUUGAAAGGAGGCAAUGCUCAAUAUUUUUUAACAUGGCCAAUGUACACUGCUUUAGAGAGCAGAACAUGUGAAUAUCCAAUCAGCUAGAGUCAAGUCCUUAUAGUGUCUCUGAAUGCCCUUCCAAAACUCCACCAUGCAGACUUUUGAACCCCGAUAAGACAUUAUUGGUUUGCAAUGACUUCACAUUUCCAUCAGUGACUAUGUAAGGUAAUUGUUCAAAUGAGCUGCGAGUGGUAUGAUGCCCCACCAGGUUUUAUAUUCAUUGUGAAUGGAGGAUGUUGUCCUCAAAGACAUAUGGUUUGAUCAGUGCUACAUUUGUAUUCUUAUUAUCAGUGAAAAGAGAAGGAGCUUGCUCACUAUCUUCGUAGCCCAAGACUUGUUCAAGCCUUCAUUUGCACGCAUGCUGAGAAAGCAUAAAAGCAAGACAGCCAAUGCUGUGAAAUCAAACUUGAUCAAUAUUUCAUGAAGAAGCCAAAUUUUUAAAACUGUUCAAAUUUUGGGGAGUCAAUUUGGGAGUUGGAACAGGCCCAAUCUGCUCAAGGAAUAGCAGUCCAAUGCUAUUUGGUGACCAUAUGUAAUCAAUAUCAAAUACACCUUUGUGUUGUACUGUUCCUGUAAUUCAAAUACUGAGAAGCCAGCGUGAACUGGAGUUCAACAGAAAAUAGAUCCCCUUGCAGCUGUAUCUGUCUAUAAACCCAUAAGACAUGUUGUAAUCUCUUUAUCAGGUCAAAUCUGGUGCGCUACAGUCAUUUGAAUAAGAUAUCCAUACCUUAAAUGAAUGUAAAACUUUAAACUGUGCUGUAAAGGUUUGUGAAAAUUGCAAUGUGAGGAAAUGUGUAUAGUGUAUUGU